AUGGCUCAGCAAAUGCAACCCAUCUACCAGGGACAACGACCACCGUACAACGACUCCAUACUCACAAUCACAAAGAGAAGCUGCGCUGAUCCUUAUGUACUAUGGGACAAGGGCACUUACUACAUGACCUUUACCUGUGGUGGCCACGUUGAGAUAUGGUCCGCAGAUUCGCUAUUCGAUUUCGAAGAGCGCUCCAAAAAGACCGUCAUAUGGCGGCCUCCUCCCAACCAGCCCUACUCCGGUGAUAUCUGGGCGCCAGAACUGCAUUCCAUCCAAGGUCGCUGGUACGUCUACUUCGCUGCCGACGACCCAAAGCACGGUAACAAGUCGCACCGCAUGUUCGUUCUCGCGGGCCCCCCCUCCGACGAGGAUCCUCUCGAACCCAGCAAGUGGAAUUUCUUCGGCCGUCUCGCAGGCCUCCCCGAACACCAAUGGGCCAUUGACGGCACCGUCAUUUACCUGCACGGCUCCAUGCUCUUCGUCUACUCCGGUUGGCCCCUCGGUACCCAAGCCGACGAGUCCCGCCAGGAAAUCUUCAUCAUCGAAAUGGUAUCUCCCACCGAAUGCACCGGCCACCCCAUCCGCAUCUCCACCCCCGACCUCCCAUUCGAAUUCUCCGGCAACAGCGGCAUCAAUGAGGGCCCCCAGUUUCUGGCUUCACCCGAUGGACGCUGGAUGGGCAUCGUGUAUAGUUGCGCGGGCAGCUGGACGCACGAGUACAAAAUGAAUGUCCUGUACUACACGGGAGGCCACCCGCUAGACCCCCAGUCGUGGGCCAAAUCAAAUGUUCCCCUGCUUAAAGCUGCGCGCGAUGACUCGCCGCCGUAUGGACCUGGUCACGGGAAUUUCGUACUAGUAAACGGACCUGGGGGACCCGAGGUCUGGGGCGUGUUUCAUGCUACGGAUGCGAAGACGGGGUGGGAAGGGAGGAAAGCGCGGGUUAUGCGUGUUGGAUGGGGGAAUGGGGGCCCUUUUAUGGGUUCGGGGGAGUGUGGGAGGUGUUGUGGUGAGGUUCAGCAUUUUAUUCAAGGGUGUCCCGGGGGUACGUGUGGUGGGCAGGGUCAUUGUGGGGGUGAGGGAGGUGCUGGAGGGGGGUUUAUGGAACCGGGGAGGCAGGGGGGACAUUCGACAGAGGAUUUGAAGAGGGAGGUGAAGAAUCUCGUUAAGGGGGGGAAGGGGCUGAUUAAUAAGUUUUUGAACGGCGGUAUUUAUCACUUGUUUCAACAUUGCACAAUGGCAGCCCAAGUCCACGGUACCUGCGAUCCGCGCUUUUCCGAAGUAAAGUCGCUCGCACAAUCCUACCUCAACACUGGGGAAGAACUCGGGUUUUCUCUCUGCGUUAACGUCAACGGUACUGAUGUGAUUGAUAUCUGGGGCGGCUACGCCGACGCCGCGCGAACUAAGCCCUGGGAAAAAGACACAAUCACAUGCGUAUGGUCGAGUACAAAAAUUAUCGCCGCCCUUGCCCUUCUCAUCUGCAUCGACCGCGGGCUUGUGGACCCAAGCGAAAGAGUAUCAAAGUACUGGCCCGAGUUUGCGGCCAACGGGAAGGAAGGGGUCUUGGUGCGGCAUUUGCUGAGCCAUGCGACGGGACUGAGCGGCUGGCACGAAAACGUCACGUUUGAAGACACAUGCGAUUUGGAAAAGAGCACAAACCUGUUGGCUCAGCAGGCGCCAUGGUGGGAGCCCGGCACUGCAAGUGGCUAUCACGCCCUCACCAUGGGCCACCUCAUCGCCGGCUUGAUCCAAAAGGUCACGUAUCUCCGCAUCGACGAAUUCGUCCAACGCGAAAUUACCACCCCGCUCAAUGCAGACUUUCAAUUCGGAGCGCAGGAAAAAGAUUGGGAUAGGGUCGCAGAAAUCGUGCCACCGCCGCCAAUCACGGAUCUGACCAGCGUGGCCGCCGCAAUGAAAGAUCCAAGCAGUGUCGCCUUUAGGACGCUGCUCAUGAACCCCGGUAUGGACGCAACGGUAGCAAACACAGAGUUGUGUCGGAAAUCCAUGCUAGCAGCUUCAAACGGGUUUUCUAAUGCCCGCGCUCUCGUCCGCGUCUUCUCUGCUGUUUCCCUGUCUGCGCCUGAGAACCCAUCGUCGUUUUUGUCACCAGAGACCAUGGAGCAAAUUUUCACCACCCAACAGCACGGCACCGAUCUCGUCCUCAGCAUGCCGGUGCGAUUCGGUCUUGGUUUUGCGCUGCCUGCUGCGGGCUCGAUGAACGAGAAUCUGCCAGAGGGCAAAGUCGCGACUUGGGGAGGUUGGGGCGGCAGUCAGGGCAUUGCGGAUGCGGAGAGGAAGGUUACGAUUGGAUAUGUCAUGAACAAGAUGGAGAAUGCGGGCUUGGGUGGGAAUGGGCAGGUAGAAAGGAAGGGCCUAGGAAACUACCGGAUGAGGAAAUUGGUGGCGGCGAUUUAUGAGGCGCUCGGUGUGCAGUAG